CGUUAUAUUUUACGAAUGGUUGGAGAGGGGGGCCUGAUGUUAAAGUUCGCAUUCCCCCGCCCCCGUGAAGAAGCGAAACCGCGAUCGGAUUCCCAUUUCUUGUUAGGCUGUGAAGCGCGUUUUUCAGAACAAAACAAAGAUUUGGAUAAAAUGGCGGCAAUGAUGGAGGACGACGAAAGUGCAUUAAAAGGACUUCUUAACGUCGGUAAUAUUGUUUUACAACCAGAGAAGAUUGAAAGUGCCAUUAAAAACACUGAUGAAACCUGGACAUACCUUGUACGAUGGAAAGAUAUCUGGCUACACGAAGCUCUGUGCAUGAAUUUUACCGACCUAAUUGAAGAGUACUGGCAAGAACAGAAAGGUAUAAGUCGUGGCAACAAGUAUGAGCUGGAUGAUGUGAUAACGCAUGAAGAGCAAGCGGCAGGUGAAGAUCAGACAGAAUUAGAGGCUACGUCAGAAGAUCUUGUGGUGCCAGUAAAUCUAGUUGCUAGCGGUAACGAUAAUGGCGCAACAGAAAUGGCUGCCAAUGAAAUUGAAUCGGGCGAAAAUUUAGAUCAAGUGGUGAUGGGUGUAGACUUCGAUGUGAGUUUAUCUGAAACGCUGGAUGAGGGAAACAGUAAAAGUUUUUUACAAACCAUGAACGAUGCUUCCGCAGGCGCUAUCCACGAGAACGUUAUCGAUAGUAGUUUUAACUAUCAAUCCAGUGCUACUGUUUCGAAACUUCGGAAUGGCGUCAUUCUUUCUAAAGCUACUACAUCGGCUUCAAAAACAUCAUCGAAUGUGAAGAAAAAAUACAAUCCUGUCGAAUGUGACGUGUGUCACAAAGUGUUGUCCAGUCGGAACAGUUGGAGGGAACAUCGGAUUACGAUGCAUUUAAAAAACGGGAAAUUUCCUUGUGAUCAGUGUGAUAAACGCUUCACACAUAAGCGUGCGUUACUUCUUCAUCAAGUGAUGCACACCGGCGAACGAAAUUAUGUAUGCGAGGAAUGCGGCAGCACGCACAAACGCCAGCGUGAGUUGCACUUACAUAUACGCGACAUGCACACGAACACGCAGAACUUUCGUUGCGACGUUUGUUUUAUGUGUUUUAAAAUGAAAGGGCAGUUAAAAAAACAUUGCUUUACUGAGCAUAAAGACACUGUUACUUCUUGCAUCGUUUGUAAACAUAAACUUACAACUCCUUUUUCGAUAUACACGCAUUGCUUGAAACAUUACGAGCCGAAAGAGUUUACCUGCGAACAGUGUGGAAAGGCCUUUAAAAGUAAAGCAGUCCUUAAGAAGCAUCUUCCGAUACACGAUCCAAACAGAAAGCCUUUUAAAGAAUGUCCGAAAUGCAACAAACUUAUAUAUUCUCGAUCACACUACUAUGAGCAUGUCCAAAGUCAUGACCAGAACACAAAUAAUUUGAUUAAGUUCCAAUGUGACUUGUGCGAGUCGUCGUUUCAACAUUUGUCAAGUCUGAAAAGACACGCGCUUCGUCACAGACCAGGAGGAGAUUUAGAACAUCCUGUAGAGAAUCCGUAUUUAAACAUGCCGGAGAAUGAACUUCCGUCAUUGUGUUGCCGCGUUUGCCGGAAGUUAUAUACAUCGACGUCGGGUUAUUAUGAUCACAUAAAAAGAUGUCCGCAAGGUGUACGCACAAUAGAAACUUGUCCUUUGUGUGGUAGAACUUACUCGAGUAAAAAAACAUUAAGAAGACACAUGAGGCAACGUCAUGCGGACGAAUUUGUUGAAAACGCUGAGCAGCCUAGGCACGAGGUUGUUUGUGAAAAUGAAGGAGAGGUGGACGAAACAGAAGAAAUUGCAAUUCAAAUUAUCGCUUUAGCGCCAUCUGUCGAAGAGAAUGUUGUCAUUGAAGGAGAAUUUCUUCAAGAUGACAGUCAAAUUAUCGAGCACAUAGUGCAGUGAGAAGAAAGCAAGAUGAGGUUCCGAACGAUUUUGUUUCUACGUUACUAAUUACUUGUGUGUAUUUUUGUUAUCUUAGCUUUUUUUUUUUAGAGAAAUAAUUUCCUUUCGUGUAAAAAAAAUUUUUUUUGUGGUCACACACGAUAGCGAAGUAACCUAUGAAUUGGGCCCGUCUGCCCCUACGUCACAGCUUUUCUCUGGAUCUGCUCGUUUCUUUGCAUAAAGUUAAUAAAU